CACCUUUGCAAGUUCCAAAGGGACCAACCAAACACAACAAAUGAGUAGUGUAUAUCAUAAAAUCAUCACCAAAUCAACGCAACAAUUGAAUGCCGUUGAAGUUUUGAGUUACUCACAUAAACCUUAGUAUUAAAUGCAGCAACUAAGACCCUCACCCACCCUUCAAAAACCAAAAAAAUAAUCACAACAAUAGCCUUUCCCAAAUGGAAAAUUCCCUUUUUCUUCCUUCUUCAUCAUCAUUUCCAUGUCUUCCUCAACCCCUUUUUCUCCACCACCACAAAUCCCUUACCUCACCAACCUUGGCUUUGGCUACUCCAUAGCCAUAGCUCUUGGCUUCCUCUUCCUUCUUUCAACUCUCAUCCUUUCAUCUUACCUCUGUUGCCGCACUUUCCGCAACCGUAACAACCACCUGAAUGGCAACAAUCAGCUAAACCAUAACCAUGACGGUGUAGUUUUACCGCGGGUUAUUUUUGUAGCAGAAGACGAAGAAGAUCGUGAAGAUGUUGUUUUGGGUUUGGACCAGAACGUGAUAAAUUCUUAUCCGAGGUUACAGUAUUGUAAAGAUUUGGGACAUGACAGCACGUGUUCGAUCUGUUUGUGUGAGUACAAGGAUUCGGAGAUGUUAAGGAUGAUGCCGGAAUGUAGACACUAUUUUCACCUAUGUUGUCUUGAUUCGUGGUUGAAACUUAACGGUUCUUGUCCCGUUUGUCGGAACUCACCUAUGCCAACGCCGUUAUCUACUCCGUUACAAGAAGUUGUUCCACUUUCUCAUUACAUUGGUGAAAGGAGGACUAGGAGGUAGUAACUUUUUAUUUUUUAUUUUUUAAUUUUAAUUUUUUUUUAUUUGGUUAAUAGGAGAAGAUGUAAUGUGGCAAAUGUAUUUAGUGGGUUUGAAAAUGUUGGGUGUUAUUGAGGUUUGAAUUGUGGUUAUUGACAACUAUGAGACAAUUGGGGAUUGUGUUUUUGUUUGAAGAAUGAAAAUGAUGAGAUGGAUUGACUUUGUUUAAGUUAUGAAAAUUUUAUGUUUUUUUUCUUUCAA